AUUGACAUUGUUUACAAAUAGUAGCUGCUUCCAGUCUGCAGUCCACGUUAGCGCGUUCUGUGGAGCUAAAUGUUAUUUUAAUUAUUCGUUUGGAUUUUUUUCUGACAAGGACUGCCAGCAAUGAGAAUUUUGCACCAAUGACAAGUUAUCAUAAAUGACAUUCCGUUUAUUUUUGUUUAUUAGCUGCACAACAGUUAGCUAAAAGUUAGCUAGCUAGCUCAACAGAUGUUCUGCAGCAUGGCUGUUUGAUUCAUUUCAACAGGUGUUAGCUACAGGAAGGCAACGUCUGUCUCAAGAGGUUUCUCAUCGGUAACUAUCCCGAGGAGAGUUGUAAACUAAUAUUCUCUGUUGCGGCUAGUUAACUGUAAUGUCUGUUCAACUCAUAGACUCUAUGGUUCAACUAGGUAGCUGGCUGUUAACGUCAGUUGUACGCUAGCUAAAGUUUGUCAAACUUAGUUGUGAGAUGAGCUAAUUGUGUGUCAUGCUCAUCGGCCGUGUCCUGUAUCACUGAACUAUCAUUUCGCAGGCUGCAUGCCAUAUCAACCAGUAACUGUUGUAACGUAAGCGCGCUAAAGCCAUCUGCACACCGGUCCAGACUUAAGGAACAGUCCUGUCUGUAUCAGCUAUACGUUUGUGAUAUGCAGCAAGCCGAUAUCUCACCUGACAAAGAGACCACUGCUAAUGCCUCAGAUGAUGACGACGAGGAGGGUGGUGGUGAAUGUGUGGUUGUACAGGAGAGUCGGGUAGAAAAUAAGGAGUUGAAGAAUCAGAUGAUGAUUCCAGGUCAGGUGGAUGCAGUCACCAUGGAGGUCCAACAAGACCCUGGAUCCUCCACAGUGUCAGCUCCAGCAGGAUCGAGUGGGAAGAAAACCAAGAGGAAGAUGUGGAGGGAGAAGAGGAAACUGUUGAAGAAACUCAAGUCUGCUGAUACUUCGGACAAUUUCAUGUCAGAGCUUCCAUUUUCUCUGACCAGCCCCUCUACAUGGAAAGAGCUAGGAUUCUCCAGCCCAGAGUCAAUCCAGAAGAAGAGGAAGAGGAAGAGAGGAGACAUUGAAGGGCGAGUGGACAGUGAAGAGGAUGCAGAGAACAAGAAGAAAAAGAAAGAGACCAAGCGACCCAACUACUUUAUCUCCAUCCCCAUCACUAACACACAGAUCAGUUCAGCUGUGCUUGCGGUCCAAGAGGCGGUGCUUCAGCAGGAGUGCCGAUUGGCCAAAGCCAUGAUCCCUGUCCCAACUCUCCACAUCACGCUAUUAGUCACUCAUCUCGCCAGUCAGGAGCAAGUAGACCUGGCGGCAACCGUUCUGGCUCAGGUCGAGCCGUCAUUGGCUGAGCUGCUGGGCGGGCGGGAUCUGGUGCUGCCCUUCUCAGGGAUCGGUCAUUUCAGGAAGGAGGUGGUGUUUGUUGGGCUGACCCCCGGACAACACAGACACACACUGGACAGUCUGGCAGAGUUGUUGCGGAGCCGUUUUGAGGAGCAGGGUCUUCUGCAAGAAGGAAAUCGUGGGUUUGAACCCCACCUCACCAUUAUGAAGCUAUCCAGAGUAUCAAAACUACGAUCCCAGGGUAUAAAGCGUGUGGACCCAGCCCUCUACUCCAACUAUACAAACAAGUUUUUUGGAGACCAGAAAGUCGAGCGGCUGGAUCUUUGUUCCAUGUUGAAAAAGAAGCAGCAAGACGGUUAUUACCACACCGAGACUUCACUACAACUUGGUGGGCAUCGCCGGUCUGAGCCCGAUGAGGCGGAGCUACUAAGAGUCAGCAGGCGAUUGGUCGAGGAUGCUGUCAAUCGCGCCUUGCAACAGUUCAAACAAGAAACACUUCAAAACGGGGGCGGGCCUAAUGCCACGGCACUACAGCCCCCUGGAAACACUGAAAAUACUGCAACAAAGACGGACACUACAGCUAACUCCACCACAGACAACAGGAAGUGACAUCAUCGGACUGAGGUACAGAGACUGACAAAACCAGCUGCCCAGAAAACAUCAGGCCUGCCAGGAGAAAAGUCAGUAAGCCCUGGGCACAAAGCCUGAACCAGCCUACCAGUCAGCCCAGUUUGCUGACUAGCUAACCCAGCUAGCCAACCACAACGGCUAGCCAGUCAUGCUAGCUACCUGCCCUAUCUACUGACCAAGCCUGACACAGUGCCAAUAUAUAGAUACUGUAGCUUGAGUUCAGUGCUAGGUGACGGUCCCAACAGGCCAGCUAGCUAAGACUGUUCGUUAACUCACUACAUCUAACAGCAAGGAUAUCGCCCCUCAAUCCUCACUCAGCUGUGUUUGCACGUCAAACUCAAAACGCAGAAAACAUGUGAAGCACUCCUCUAGAGACACACAUGCACAUGUAGGGUUCACUUUAACCUGUCACUCCCAAACUGCCCCUUUUAAGAAUACGAUUAAUCAGGUUUCGUAGACAGUUUGCUUUACUUACGCGAGUUGUUUGCCCUUUCAAAUAAAAUAACACUCCAACAAUACACUACAAGUUGCCAAGAAAGCAAUUUCACUCCAUUAAUGCCAAAACCUCUAUUAAUGACCUAGGUGUUUGUGUGUGGCAGGCUAUUAUUACUAUUACACACAGCAAUUAACUCAUCAUAUAUAAAUGUCAUUAUUUUUUGUUCACAUACUAUAUUGUCAGUUUUGUUCUGUGAAAUUCAUUUGAAGCAGCAGCAAAAUGCACACAUGCUUCCAAGUGUUAAAUCCAUUCAUAAAUGUUUGGUGUCUAAGUCUAUAAGACAGACUGAAGCCUCGCUGUUUGUGGCUCAGUGUUCAUUUGGAGUAUUUAUGCUGAUCCAUAGAGCUUUUAUUCUGCACGUUAAAGCAUUUACAGCCAAGCAAGUUCUUCAGAUGGUGAUGCUGAUGUUGGGGAGGUUAACUCAGACAAUCGCUGCUGUCAGCUGAAAACCCUCCGGCUCUUUAUUUCAGCAUCUUCCAUCCAUCUAUUUAUUUUUGUUAAACUUGAAAAUGAAAUUGGCCUUUCGUGCUUUGCAUAAGCCCCCCACAGCUCAUGAAAUCCAUUCAGAAACACUCAGGCAUCGGUGUGAAAUUAAGGGGGAUUGUCGUUUUUGUUUGUUUGUUUUUUUAAGCUUGACUUCCUGGAGAUGAGGUUUUUCGACUGACAGCAAGAUGAUGAUGAUGAUGAUGACAGCUAUUCAAAAAGUGAUUUGUUUACCCUCUGACAUUAAAUGUUAUUUUAUCCUUUCUAACUAUUAUUUAUAAUGCUUUGCUGUCCCUGUUAGAGAAAUUAAUUUCAUGUGAAAAGAUGAAAAGCUAUUUAAUUUUUUGAAAUGAGAAAAAGAGCAUUCAGUUUGCAUUGAAAGGUGGAAAAAGCACAAAAUGAUGAAUUUGUUUUUUUAAUAGUCUUAGGUUUUAGUUUUUAAAGAGCAGGUAAAUAUAUACAUGCUGUUAAAUCCAAUCAACUCU